CAAAGCAGAAACCGCAGAAUCAGCGGCGAGCCGGUUGAAAAAAACCCACACGUGUAUUUUUCAAAGCACUCUGGGUGGAAAUUGGAUGUGAAAAUGAAGCCAGAGCGAGAUACUCUAGAUGAAUAUUUUGAAUAUGAUGCAGAGGAGUUCUUGGUCUCUUUGGCCUUGCUGAUUACAGAAGGACGAACACCUGAAUGUUCUGUGAAAGGUCGAGUGGAAAGUUCCCAUUGCCCUCCAGCACAGUCCUGUUACCCCGUCACAGCCAAACAUGAAUGUAGCGACAAACUGGCCCAGUGUCGUCAAGCCAGACGAACCAGGUCUGAAGUCACAUUGUUAUGGAAGAAUAAUCUUCCAAUCAUGGUGGAAGUGAUGCUGCUACCAGACUGCUGCUACAGUGAUGAUGGGCCCACCACCGAAGGGAUUGACCUAAAUGAUCCUGCGAUCAAGCAAGAUGCAUUGCUGUUAGAAAGAUGGAUCUUGGAGCCAGUUCCUCGAAAGAAUGGCGAUCGCUUUAUUGAAGAGAAGGCUCUUUUAUUGGCUGUCCGCUCAUUUGUGUUUUUUUCUCAGUUAAGUGCUUGGCUGAGUGUUUCUCAUGGUGCUAUUCCAAGAAAUAUUCUUUACAGAAUCAGUGCUGCUGAUGUAGAUUUACAGUGGAAUUUUUCCCAGACGCCAAUUGAACAUGUGUUUCCUGUUCCCAAUGUUUCUCACAAUGUGGCCUUGAAAGUCAGCGUUCAGUCCUUGCCCAGACAAUCUAAUUAUCCAGCUUUAACCUGUAGUAUUCACACAAACAUUGGCCUUUAUGAGAAAAGAACUCAAGAACAUGAACUUAAAACUCAUCAACAGCGCAAUUCUAAUGAAGUAGAACAAGGUACAAACAGUUCACAGCGUCUGUGUAGCAAACAAACUUGGACCAUGGCACCUGAAAGUGUAUUACAUGCAAAACAUGGCACAACUCCACAGUAUGCUACAACGGUCAAAAAUAUCAAACUGUAUCCAGGCAGUGGCAGUAAAUCUGACUAUGGAGCAUCUCAAGCCAAUAUUCUGAGCUUUAAUGGUACAGAAGAUACAAAAUCACAUGAAACAUCAGUGAGAACUUUAAAAUCAUUUUCAUUGAUUGAUCCAGCUGUCUCUAGUCACCAGAGUUCCUGGCAGUCAGUGAGUGAGACUAAUCCUUUAAUUGGUUCUUUAAUUCAGGAGCGACAAGAUAUUAUUGCAAGAAUUGCUCAGCAUCUGAUUCAUUGUGAUCCAAGUUCUUCACAUGUUUCUGGACAUCCAUUUAAUACACAAGAGUCUAGUUCUCUUACUUCAAAACUUUUCCGAGGUUCACAAGAAAAUGAAAAUGUAAGAAAAUGUAAGGAAACUUUCUCCAUUUCUUUUGGUCCUGAGUUUACAUCCCCUGAAGACAACAAUGAAGGGAAAAUUCAAGUCAAGUCAGAAACUCCUCAGAAUGAAACUUGCAUACCUAAUGGUGUUUCUCGUUCAACCUUUGGUGAGACUAAUCCUUUGAUAGGCUCUUUACUCCAGGAGCGGCAAGAUGUUAUCGCAAGGAUCGCACAACACUUGGAGCACAUCGAUCCAACCGCAUCUCAUAUCCCCCAGCAGUCAUUCAAAAUGCAUGAUUCCCCAUUGAUUCCUUCUAAAACAUUUAGAAGUUCAUAUGAAGACAAAAAUUUAUUGAAGAAGAACAGGGAUGAUGUCUCAGUUUCCAUUUCUAGUCCAAAAUUUUCAUUAAUAGAAGACAACAAUGAAGGAAAAAACCAAAUACCUGAUAAAACUUUUAGUCCUUUUAAAUGCAAUAGUAAAAUGAAGUCUUCUUUGAAACCUCAAGUAAAAAGAAAUCAGCACCAGGAAAAUCCUAGUGAAAUCAUCCAAAGUACAUUUCAGGAAACACAAAAUAAAGCUACUUCCUCAAAUAUGUCCAUUUGCAAAGAAAAUAGUUUGGAAUUGACAAGCAGAUUGGAAAAUACACUUUCUGGAUGUCAAUUUAAGGAACAAGACUUUAGCAGUGGAAAUGAUAAACAGUAUUCAAAUUCUAACAGUAUUGACAAACAGCUUUGUGUAAAUAAACAUAAGGAGAAAGUAAUAAAAAAUGAAAAUUGCAAUCCAGGAUCUUUUAACAAACAAACUGACUCUAAAAUUAAAGUCACUAUGCUGGAAAUGUCUGAAUAUCUACACAAACAUGAGAACAAGUGCUCAAAUAAAGACUCAAAAAAGCCUAAAAGUACUCAACUUAAUAGUAUAGAAAAUUAUUGCAAUACAGAUAGCAAAAGUUUCAAAUGCAAAAAAACAGACCAAUUUAAAUAUGGACCGGGUAAGAACGAAGAUUCGUAUGACGAAAAAUCUCGAAACCAUUCUCUGAGGAAGGGGAUAAAAGACUGUUUGCCCACAUGUGGACGACUAAACAAUAUAGAAGCAUUGAGGACGUUACCACUGAAGCAGUCAAAUAUCUGGCAAAAACAUCAUUUUCAUUCCUUGGAUGGAACUUCAACCAGAGCCUUCCAUCCUCAAACUGGAUUGCCUCUUCUUUCAAGUCCUGUUCCUCAAAGGAAAACACAGUCAGGUUGCUUUGAUCUGGAUUCUUCAUUACUGCACCUGAAAAGCUUAUCAUCUAGAAGUGCUCAGCCAUGUUUAAACACUGAAGAUGAUCCAGAUAUUCAUGAAAAGCCAUUUCUAAGUUCUAGUGCUCCACCUGUGACAAGUCUAAGUCUUCUAGGAAAUUUUGAGGAAUCCGUCUUGAACUAUCGUUUAGAUCCUCUUGGCAUUGUUGAUGGUUUUACUGCCGAGGUCGGGGCAAGUGGUGUUUUCUGCCCUACACAUUUGACUCUUCCAGUUGAAGUGUCAUUCUACAGUGUUUCAGAUGAUAAUGCUCCCUCUCCUUAUAUGGGUGUGAUUACUUUAGAGUCCCUUGGUAAAAGGGGUUACCGAGUACCUCCUUCAGGAACAAUACAAGUGACCUUAUUUAAUCCUAAUAAGACUGUGGUGAAGAUGUUUGUUGUGAUAUAUGACUUGCGAGAUAUGCCAGCCAAUCAUCAGACAUUCCUACGACAAAGAACCUUUUCUGUACCUGUUAAACAAGAAAUGAAGAGAAGUGUUAAUAAAGAGAACAUCCGACAUACAGAAGAACGGUUAUUACGCUACCUCAUACAUUUGAGGUUCCAGAGUUCUAAAUCUGGGAAGAUCUACCUCCAUAGAGAUGUACGGCUCCUGUUCUCUAGAAAGUCAAUGGAAGUUGAUAGUGGUGCUGCAUAUGAACUCAAAUCUUAUACUGAAUCGCCAACAAACCCUCAGUUUUCACCAAGAUGUUAGUAAGGAGGAGUGACAACUAAGUAUUUGCUCAGUGCCCAAGUCUGAAAGUUAAAAUUAAUUUAUAACGGAGUGUACCAAAUUAAAAUCCAGGAGAGUGGAACCUCUCCUGUUGCUCUGGACCAGUUUUUAUUCAAGGAUUUCUGGAAUGAGAUCCACAUAUUCCAAGUAGACUGGAAACACUCAUGUCCUGACCGUUUUUGUACUGUUGAAACCACUUCAUUGGACAUGUUGCAAUAGCAAAGCCCCAGUUAGAUUAGUGUUUACACAUUUAAUUUCUCAGUUAUUUAAUAUUUAAUGUUUCCCUUAAUACUCAAGUGAUGUUUGUCUAGUGUUCUAAUGUAGCACAAAUCCUAUGUAAAAUCAUACUAUGUAUUUUUGACAUUAAUGUUGAAAUCUGAAAUAUAUGCACAAGUCUUUAAUUUUGUGUGAUGUGUUUUAAGUGCUGUUCAUUUAAGUUAUUGAAAAUGAAAUGUUGAGCUUCUUUUAA